GAGGCUUCUCAGGCCGGGGAGUCGCGUGAAGAGUUCUCCCGGGCGCCAUGCAACGGCUGCCGGGCAAGAGGGCCCGCGCCGGGCCGGGAAAGGCGGCGGAGAAGCAGCAGACGGCGAAGAGGGGGAAGCCUGCGUGCGGCAGAAUGGCUCAUUUUUGUCCACAGUGCGGGCAGGAAGCACAGGCAGUGUUUAACUUCUGCCCUUCUUGCGGAGGCCGGUUGCCUAAACAAGAAGAGGAGCCUAUGCAAAUCACACCAUCUUCUUCACUAAAAGGACUAAGUCAGGAAAUCCAGGAUCAGCUGCAAAGACCUGCUGCAAUGAAAAAAGUGGAGUUGGUUUUACCAGACAAAGAAAAAGCCUCUGCUUCACCUAAACGAGCUCUUGCACAGAAAUCAGCAUCUACUGUGUCUCCAAAGGCACAAACAAAAGCCAGUCCCCGAUCUCCCAAAAAGAGCCGAAGUGUGAGGCCUCUCCCUGAGGGCCAGAUCCUGACCGACCUGAAUGAUAAACACUGGGUUCUUAGAAAACUUCUGGCCGAGGACGACAGUGGACUCAUCUAUGAAGCAGAGCCAGCCUCUGGAGCUUGCCUUCCUAAGCAGAGAUACACCCUCAAACUUGACUGGAAAGACGGAAUGAUCUUCAAUGAACAAAACUUCCUUCAGCGAGCCGCAAAGAAAGUCACCGUAGAGAGAUGGAAGAGACAGCAUUCAGUGCCAUUGCUGGGGAUCCCGGAGUGUGUUGGUUUUGGCCUUCAUGAUGAUUGCUACAGGUUUCUGGUGUUCCCUCAUUUGGGUCGCUCGCUUCAGUCAAUCCUGGAUGAUUGUGCAAACAAGAUGACAGAGAAAGCGGUGCUGCAACUUGCUGUCAGGCUGUUGGAUGUCCUUGAAUUCCUCCAUGAGAAUGAAUAUACCCAUGGGGACAUUGCUGCUGAGAACAUCUAUGUGAAUCCAGCCGACCCUAGUGUGGUCACCAUGGCGGAUUACUGCUUUGCCUUCCGCUACAGCCCUGCGGGGAAGCAUGUGCCUCAGCGAGAGGGCAGCAAGACCCCCCACCAGGGUACCUUGGAGUUCAUCAGCCUCGACAGCCACAAAGGAGCAGCACCAUCCCGUAGGAGUGAUCUUGAGUCCUUGGGGUACUGCUUAGUCAAGUGGCUCUGUGGCUUUCUCCCAUGGUCUAUGGAGCUGGCGAAUCCAUGCGCAGUCAUGGAGAAGAAGGAAAGGUAUAAAUCAGAUGUCAUCAAGCAUCCAAGCUUUUCCUAUGGUUGGAAAGAAAUUCCAGAAGCCCUGCAAGGCUACCUGCUGCAAGUGAUGUCCUUGGAAUAUGAGGAGAAGCCAGAGUAUGGAAAGCUGCGAGCCUUGCUGCGGAGUGGCCUGCAGCGGAUGAGGACGGAUGCCUAUGACACUAUGGACCUCAGGGUCGUGCCCUAGGUUUCUAGCGGCAUGGGAGCUGAAUAUCACGAGUGGCAGGAAUAAUGAGUUACGUUCCACGUUUGAGAAGCAGGGAGCUGGAUCCACCG